AUUUUGAUUGCUACAGUCAUAGUUGAGGACUUCGCUUCUAGUCGAGUGUAUCUUUCCUCCGAAUUUGGAAUUUUGAGUUUUCUAACGGGUGGAAAUGUUCACUGACAUAUACUUCUUGCGUUAAACUAAAGACGUAAUUUUAUUGUAAUAUCUUUUAUUUUUCUUCGUACCGGUACCUGUAACACGCUGUCGAGAUGAAAACUUGGACUAAAGGGUCUUUUUUUGCGACCGUCACUUGUGCGGUUGCCGGUGCCUAUUGGCUGUACGAAAAACGGCGAAUAUCAUUGGACACCGUGGGUGGAGCUGCCCGCCCCUCUGAAUACGAACUGAAGCUUGUGCAGGUUUUAUUCAGACACGGAGCCAGGACUCCCCUGAAAUCAUUACCCGGUACUCUUCAGGCUGAAUGGAUCGUAGACCUUUUGCAAGUCCCACCCCACACAAAAUUCAGUUAUACUGUAAAAAAUCUCAGAGGAGAUCCCAGGCCACCAUCGCCUCUGGAGGACCACUACAGAGCUCACAAAUUAAAUGGUGGGGCAUUUCAUGGUCAACUUACAACCUUAGGAAUGCAGCAGAUGUACAAUUUGGGAGAGCGUCUCAGGGAUGUCUACAUAAAAAAAUCCAACUUUCUUUCCCCUGUCUUCAAGUCUACUGAAGUCUAUGUACGAUCAACAAAUAUAGUGAGAACUAUUGAAUCUGCAGUGUGUUUGCUUGCGGGUUUAUUUCAGCAGCAGCAAGAAGGAAUUGUGACUGUCUUCACAUCCGAAGCAGAGACUGAAGUUUUAUAUCCAAAUUAUACGAGAUGUGAUCAUCUUAAACAGAUGACAAGACAAAGGAUUGUUCAAGCCUCUUUACUUCCAGAAAUUGCAGAGGAUUUGAAAGAAAUGUAUAAGUUACUGGAGAUUCCAGAACAUGAACGUAUUAAUUUUAUUGAUAUAUGGGAUGAUAUGGCUUCUCGAAAGGCCCAUGAUUUAGCCCGCCCUUCCAGUGUGCACUACUUAAUGAAAAUUAUAGAAAAACGAGCAGUUGAAACAGUGCAUUUUGCCUAUGAGCCAAGCAACAGCACCUCUCUUCAACUCUGUGUUGGGCAGCUGCUAAGCAUUUUGAUCGGCAAUAUUGAGAAUAAACUUAAGGACCAAGAUUCUUUAGAAAAUUUAAGAAAGCUUCACUUGUAUUCGGUGCAUGACACAACCUUGAUGCCGUUCCUAAUGGCUCUGGACAUCUUUGACAUGAAGUGGCCUCCAUAUAGUGCCGAUGCCAUCCUGGAAUUAUAUGAACACCGCUCUUCAAAAGAGGCAUUUGUCAAAGUAUCUUACUUGGGUAAGAGACUUCUUCAAAAGGAUGCUGAGGAAAUUCCACAUAAGUUUACAUACAUUGGUGAGACCGGGUUUAACCUCACAAAAGUCAGAAGAAGAGGAAGAAACGUCAUUGGCCAUAGGGCUAUUUUCAUUCUAGCAGGGCAAUGCAGGGGGUAACGUUACCCCUUGUGCUGCCAUCACACAGAAUGGGGUCCUCCACUUGCAUGCCAACUUGGGUCCUUACAAUACCACCCACAUUGUCGCCUUUUAGACAAAUUACACAUCAUCAUCAUCACAGCAGCAAACCCAGUGGCCCAGAUGAGAUACACAGUUGUCUGGGAAAAUGCAUCUUUCCACCGAUCUCCUCCGCUCCAAAAAUGGUUUCAUCAACAGCCACAAUUUACAGAUCAAUACCUUCCACCAUACUCCCCCUUCCUAACCAUCAUCAGAGUUUUUCUCAGCAUGGUGGCAGAAGGUUUAUGAUCUUCAGAUGCCCCUUCAUUGAAACCAUGGAGGAGGCCUGUGAUCAAAUUGAUGCAGCAUCUGUACAUGGCUAGAUUCGACAUUCUAGAAGGUUCUUCCCAAGUUGCCUUGCCAAUGAGAAUAUAGCCUGCGAUGCAAACGAAAUCCUAUCUAUGGUCAGAUCUAGCUUUCUUUUUUUUCUUUACUCUACUGGAUACAGUAAUUUCUGCUUUUGUCUCCCCAGAUGUGUUUGCUAAGCUUACAGUGGCAUAUACAGUAGCAGGAAAACUGGGAUGUGUUUGGUUCUGAUGUUCAGUACUGAACGUCCUGAGCACUGGAGAGAAGUACAGUGAAUGCUGGUCUUGUGUAGUGUUUGGUCAAUUGAUUUUUGUAAUUUCUCUCUGAACUUUAAUCAUUAGGAAAGCAGAAAUGCUGAAAGCGUUUUAGGUUGAGCACAGCAGUGUGUAAUGACGCAUUCAAAUAGAUUUAAUUAAUAGGACUCGUGUGUGUGUGUGUGUGUGUGUGCACAAUAUGACAACAAAAUAGCAUUGUUAUAAACAACUGUACAGUUUCAUUCUGCAAAUGGUCUGAGGACUUCUGCUACUUGGGUGUGUGGUUGUGCUAAUUGUGUGCAGUGGGGAUGCCAUUUUCAAAAUUGUGCUUAAUCAAAAAAAAUAAAAAAUAAAAAAACUAAAGUGGAGGGAGACCUGCUGCAGUCUCCUUCACAGCCACAGCAGCACCACAAAGGAGACGACUGUAUUAGCAGUGAACUAACGGGAUUCGCUCCUAGUUAGAAAAAAUACAAAAAAGGAUUAACCGAUCGGACUCGAACUGAAAUGUUUCGGUAUAAUUUGACAGCCUCACAACAAACAUCUUUCAUUUAGAAACCCUGACCGCUGGUUGAUGUCAACAAUCACUGCGACAUGUUGAACUUGUGUGUAAAGAAGAGGCAGGGUACUAAGCACUUUAUACGAAACAAUAUAUUUUAUUUUUCUUCCAACACCACAGCCCUGGCAAGUGGUUCUGUACCAAAUUUAAUGGAGUUACACAUGACAGUUUUACACUGGGGGGGAGGGAGUUAAGAAAAAAAUAUGAA